AUGGCUUCAACAUUCGACCUCGCUACGGAUGAGUUUCUCACUUGUGAGAUUCAUUCCGAGAGCACCCUCCCACUUCUGAGCUACUUCAUCGAGUGUAAGAAGCACAACCAGAAUGGCUCCAGAAGGAUAUUCCAGAAAGUCAAGUCAGAAAUCGGAGAUGCGGAUCGUCCCAUCCCCGACGAGUCUGAGCAGUUGCAAGAUGUCCUGCUGGCUCUUAUGAAAGAUGGACCGGGAAAACCUGGCGAGAAGAUCCCCGGUUGCCCAACAGUCACUAUCGUUGGCGCUGGUGUGUCUGGCCUUUGUGCUGGCUAUGAGCUCAAGAAAGCUGGGUUCAAAGUCACCAUCCUUGAGGCCUCUUCCCGAGUCGGCGGACGCGUCAAGACCUUCCGCGAACCAUCUUUCGCGCAUGGUCUUCAUGGCGAGGGCGGUGCCAUGCGCAUCCCCGCGAAUCACUACCUACUACACAAGUACAUCGAAGACUUCGGUCUAAAGCCCCAGCUGUUCGACUUUGAGAUGAAGAACAAAUUCAUCUACAUUUCAGGCUACGGUGAGACGCUUACUUACGAUCGCUUCAAUCAGCUUCUGCAUGACAAAGAUGCUAAGCUGCUCUCCCUCUUUCCUGGCCUCCGUGAAUGCGAAAAAGGCAAGACGUGUGACACGCUAUUCACAGACGCUGUUAGACAGGUCGUGGAUGACUUUUGGGAUGCUUACAAAAAGGCCGCUGAUGAGGUCUCGUUUCCCGAGAAGAUUCAGGUCCAAGCUAUCAAGGACGCAUAUGCCGCGAUUACCAAGAAGUAUGAUAGCUACACGCUACGAUCUUACUUGACUGAUGUCGCGGGGUGGAGUGAAGAUGCUAUCAAUCUGUAUGAUCUUGGCAAUGCUCAUGUCGUCUUCGAGAAUGGCUUCAUUGAGUCUUUCAAGGAUGCCUUUCUGUCAAGUAACAAAAGCGGUGCGCAGGCGGGCAUGCAGCAGCUUCAGGAGGGUAUGGAUGUUGUGCCCAAUGCUUUCGUCUCUAGCGAGAGAAAAGAAAAAUCGUUGGUUGAUGAUAUCAUCUAUGGUGCUCGAGUUACCGAGAUAGGUAUCCAUGAGCAAUCGGACCCCCAAAUCCCUCUCCAAGCUCCGGUCAAGGUGACCUACGAAGUCACAGCCAACAGCUUGAAGAAAUCCAUCAACUCUGACUAUCUCAUCCUCGCAAUCCCGUACACGGCGCAGCGAACAAUCGCCAAGUCAAAGCCCUUCGUUCCCAUGCAGGAAAUGGCAGUUCGAGAUGUUCGCUACGUGGAAGUCACCAAGAUCCUCCUCCAGUACAAGAAGAGAUGGUGGGAGAAGGUCUUUACUGAAGCGGGCCAGGGCCUAGACGGUGGUCUCGUCAGCGAUCUUCCUAUCCGUUACACCAUGUUCCCCAAAACAGACGGUAACACCCAGUUCGAACAUUCUAACCGCGGUGUCAUCAUGGCAGCAUACACCUUUGAACAAGACGCCACUAUCCUUGGAUCCCUCUCUCCAGAGCGACGGAUCCAGAUCGCCGCUGAGAACCUGAACAGGAUCUUCCCCGAAGCCAAGUCUCUUGACCUUCUCGAAGCUGGAGCAUCUCAGGUCUUCCCAGCUGAUGAGCUGGCUGGUGGAAGUGCUUUCUGUUACUUCGGUCCUAUGCAAAAGACCAAGUUCUUGGAUACUAUGCAGAGGCCUGAUUGGGAGAAUAGGGUAUUCUUUGCAGGUGAGCAGGCUAGCUUUACUCAUGGAUGGAUUCAAGGUGCCUUUGAAGCAGGGCUUCGAUGUGUUCAGCAAAUCUGGUCUGUUGCUGUUAAGGGUAAGGCACAGUGA